AUGUCCUCCUACCUCUCGAACUGCUUGAUCGUGUCGCUGUCGCCGGAGACGAUCCACGAGGCGACCGAAUGGCGCGUGAUCCCUUGCCCUCCAAACUCCGCAGCGAGCUAUGACACCUACCUGAACGAUAGAUUUACCCUCGGCUGGGGUGGGACAACAAGACGACUCCAUGCCACGAAUCUGCGUGGGGUCGACGGCACGUCAAUCCAUUUCGUUCACGGUACCAACGCCCAGAUCAACUUGCCCUGCUCAAUCCGCAUUGAUAUGAUGAGCAUCGACCUCAGCCAGUCGUUCCUCUCCCAUCAGUUUUGUUCUGGAGAUAGCCCUGACUCGGACAAGACCAUGUUGUGGACACCCGUACUGGAUUCGCUCGUCAAUGAUGUGCAGUCGCGGCCAGGCUGGUCCCGUUACUUCGUCUUUGUUUCGUUUCAUCCUACGCUGCGCUUCAACCCCGCUCUAGACGUGGCAACACUGGCGCGUGCACCCGUCAUGGCUUCCAAGACCCACACUGCACCGACUUUGAAGGAAUGGCAAGGGCUUCACCACUCCAAACAUCCUUACGACGUCAAAUUCAGCUUCGGCUCGAGCUCGAACGAGCUCUGGGAGACGGCCGAAUUCCUGCAGUCCAAGUCGUCGUACUGGGCCGAUCUCUUCUCCUCAGGCUUCUCCGAAAGCGUCAAAAAAUUUGAUCUGAAUGGACAAGAGCAAGUGACGAGCGAUGUCGGGAUCGAAUCUGCCAAAAAUAAGACCACCAUCAGCAACCUCAACGAAGGCGGGUCGAAGUCGGAUCAAUCCCCUUCCUCGCAGGGCCAAUGCACGAUUCCGAUCCACACCAUUUCGAUCGAGGAUGAAGAGCUGUAUCACCCCUAUCGAAUCAUUCUAUGCUGGCUCCGAACGGGUGAGAUCAAGUUCCGACCUCUCGUCAUCGACUGCCAUCCGUCCGACGAAGGAAGCGCCGACGCCGAACCCGAGUCGAAAGCCGCCUCGGAUGUGCUCGGGUUCGACACCGUCUGCCCCAAAGCGAUCUAUCGCCUAGCCCAUUUCCUCGAACUGGAACAACUGCAAACUUUGGCGUUAAGAUCGAUCGUCUCGCAGAUCAAGGUCGAAAACGUCGCGUUGGAGCUGUUCGGCCAGCUCUCGACGGACUUUGACGAGAUUCACAAGCGCGAGUUUGAUUUCGCGAUUCGGAAUUGGGCGGUUGUCAAGAAGACGGCGGGGAUGCAGUCGGUGCAGCAGUGGGUCAAAGAGGGAAGAUUGCCCAAUGCCUUACAGACUCUUUUGGAUGUGUCGCUUGCGUUGUCGAGCGCCUAA